ACUCAAACCAAACAAGAGAGAAAGGAUUAACCCAAACUUCAACCAAACCUUCACCUUCUCCUGUUCUCUCACCUUGAUCUCUAUUUUCCUCCGCUUUCCCACCACCAAACAUCAAUGGAGCCCCAAGAAUUCAUUUUCCGGUCGAAGCUCCCUGACAUUUACAUCCCAAACCACCUCCCACUCCACACCUACUGCUUCGAAAACCUCUCCCAAUUCAAAGACCGCCCCUGUCUCAUCAAUGGCGCCAACGGCCUCACAUACACUUACGCCGACGUAGAGCUCACCGCGCGCAAGGUCGCCGCCGGCCUCGACAACCUCGGCAUCAAGCAAGGUGAGGUGAUCAUGCUUUUGCUCCAAAACUGUCCGGAAUUCGCCUUCGCGUUCCUCGGCGCGUCGUACAUCGGGGCCGUCAGCACGACGGCGAACCCUUUUUACACUCCGGCGGAGGUGGCGAAGCAGGCGAAGGCGUCGAACGCUAAACUCAUCAUUACCCAAGCUUUGUACUCCGACAAAGUGAAAGACUUCGCGAAAGAAAACGGCGUGAAGGUCAUGUGCAUUGACUCUCCCCUGGACGACUUUUUGCAUUUCUCCGAGUUGACAGAUAUCCCGGCCGUGAAAAUCAACCCGGACGACGUCGUGGCGCUUCCGUAUUCGUCGGGCACGACCGGGCUUCCCAAAGGAGUCAUGUUGACGCACAGGGGGCUGGUCACCAGCGUGGCGCAGCAGGUUGACGGUGAAAACCCAAACUUGUACUUUCACAGCGGGGAUGUGAUACUGUGCGUUUUGCCGUUGUUCCAUAUCUAUUCCCUGAAUUCGGUUCUUCUUUGCGGGUUGCGGGUCGGGGCGGCGAUUCUGAUUAUGCAGAAGUUCGAGAUUGUGAAAUUGCUGGAGCUGGUUCAGCAAUACAAGGUGACAAUCGCGCCGUUUGUCCCUCCGAUUGUUUUGGCAAUCGCCAAGAGCCCAGACGUCCAAUGGUACGACGUGUCGUCGAUCCGGACGGUGAUGUCCGGAGCAGCGCCGAUGGGGAAAGAGCUAGAGGAUGCCGUUAGAGCCAAGCUUCCUAAUGCCAAACUUGGUCAGGGUUAUGGGAUGACUGAAGCUGGACCAGUGCUCGCAAUGUGCUUGGCAUUUGCAAAGGAACCGUUGGAGAUAAAAUCAGGUGCAUGUGGGACCGUCGUAAGAAACGCUCAGAUGAAGAUCGUUGACCCCGAGAACGGCGCUUCGCUUCCACGAAAUCAAGCUGGAGAGAUUUGCAUCAGAGGUAGCCAGAUCAUGAAAGGUUAUCUGAAUGACCCAGAGGCAACAGAGAGGACCAUAGACAAAGAUGGAUGGUUGUACACCGGUGAUAUUGGGUACAUCGACGACGACGAAGAGCUCUUCAUCGUUGACCGAUUAAAGGAGCUGAUCAAGUACAAAGGCUUCCAGGUGGCCCCCGCUGAGCUUGAAGCCAUGCUGAUCGCCCAUCCUAACAUCGCUGAUGCCGCCGUUGUUCCCAUGAAAGAUGAGGCUGCAGGGGAGGUUCCUGUCGCAUUUGUAGUGAAGUCAAAUGGUUCCAAAAUCAGUGAGGAUGAUAUCAAGAAAUAUGUCUCAAGACAGGUUGUGUUCUAUAAGAGAAUCAACAGGGUUUUCUUCACAGACGCAAUUCCUAAAGCUCCAUCGGGCAAAAUCUUAAGGAAAGAUCUAAGAGCCAGACUCGCAGAAGGGCUAGCAAAUUAGGCCUCACGUAACAGAUUUAAAGUAUGCAUGGAAAGCUCAAUGAUGUAUGGGGUGGGGAAAAUGAAAACCUAGAUUUUUACAGCGUUAAUUUUUUCAUGCCUUUGUAUUAUAUUUGCUCCUCUGUGCAUGGAGGCUGCCACCAACGAUCCAAUAACAGUACUGAGAGAUGCAUGCGACGCUUUGUACUAAUUAAUUUGUUUAAUUACGUAAAUGAUGUUAUGGACAACCCGAGAAAAGAACCUUAGAAAAUGGUUUGUAUCCACGUGUGUUCAAUGUUGAUUCCUUCA